CCACACCCCUCGGGAUGAAUGCUUCGUUUCCUUCAAAAUCCCAAGUCUCCCAGACUCAUCUGCCUCGCAACUUGCACUCAAUCUCCGAAACCUGGAUCCGUCCAAAUGCUUUUCUUCACAGUCUCUCCUUCCACAUCCUUGACAUUCGUCGCUCCUGUUGUUUCCCUUGAUCCUUGACCGCUGGCCGGGUUUCCUUUUCGUCCUUCCCAGCUGUGGGAUUUGCCCUUGGCGCGCUGACUGAUUGGUUGUAAUCUCUUGCCACCUGCCAUCAUGGAUCAUUUCAGCAUUUCGUUCUCGACCCCGGAUGAGGGCCAUCAGCCGCUCGCUUCGCUGGUCGGACUGAUCGACAGUCCACCGGAAUUGGAAAUCCGAUAUCCUGCCCAAAUGGGAUUCCAAGCGCGGGCGCCCAUCGCCACCCCAAUGGACCAAGCACAUGCAUUCCAACCAGCAACUUGGCGACAGGUCUUUGAACAAAGCCGGUUCCCCUUGUCGAGUGACAAUUCACAGACCUCCCAGUCACAUCGCCAAACGUCAAACUCAAACACUAUCAUGGCCUCAAUUAUGGGUCGACAUGACAUUGCAGCCUUUCGAGACACGGUAUGCAGCUACCUUCGUCUGACUUCCGGAUUGUGGACUGAGUUGUACAACCCUCGAGAAGAUUCAACUGCGCAUCACCUCCUGAAACGCUACCUCUGCCAGGAGUACGGCAGACUCCCUCCGGACUUGUGGGACUUGCUCAAGGAACUGAGAGAUCAGUAUGAUUUCGAAAAUUCGCGCUACGACUGUAUCGAUUUCAUCUCUUCACUCCCAACGCCGGCGGCUCUGUUUCCGCAAAGUUUGGCAUCUUCCGGGAGUGAGGAGCGAGAUUUUUGGGGUACCAGCAGUUGGACGGCCCCUCGCGCCCUUGAGGCGAGCAGUUCUCGUGCAGCCCCAAUGUCCAGUCCAGGCUCUGGCCGAGAGGUUCAGACAAGAUCCACAACAUCGGUGCCUGCGGCGAAUGGCAGGAGAAGGUUUCAAAGUCCUUCCCAUCAGAGGGCGAGGGGAAGGGCACCGAAGGGAGUGGUCUUCAGAUGCUCUUACGAAGGUUGUAGGCAUGAUGAUUUUAGAAAUGCCGGGAACAUAAUGAACCAUAUAAGCAAGUGUCAUGCAGAGUCUCCGCUCGUCCACCAACAUCCAGCAACAUUUAUGGUGCCAGCCUCAUCCCCUCAGCCGAGCAAUCAAGGCGACGCCACGACUUCGGUGGUUACCAAUGCGAGCGACCCAACUUUCAUUCGACGAAGAUUGUCCCAGGAGUACGACGGCAGUGACGAUGGGACGGCGGCCGCCGGCGAUGAUGGCGUCAGAGACAUCGGUGACAUCGCUUUCACUGCUGAACAGGAUGAACUCCAGGUUCAUGUGGUCCAAGGAGUAAUGGGUGAAGGCUCUCCAGGAGCGACUGGAACCAGCGGGCUGGAGUCCAGUUCCCUUCUGGAGGCCUUCACAUUCGUUGAAGGCAUUCAGGGGUCGUCUCACUAUCCCCCACAGCACGAGGUUAGAUAUGGUCAACUUCAAAUCAUGGAAGACCGAAGAUGGGAGACAGGCAGGAGAGGCUAGCUUGGUUCGUCAGUGGUUCAUUCCGACAAAAGCGAGGCCGUACCGCAAGGUUGUCAUAAUUACUUUAGAUCUCCUCGGCGCAACUGGAAAUGGAGGACGAGGCCUAGGCCUAUGUUUGUUCACAUGCCUCUAGUUAGUCCAGGCGAUCGUCUGUGAAGCUUGGAUUGUCGGCCCGCGGGCCAGGGCACACGAAGCAAGGGGGAGACACUUCAUCGAGACGGCCUUUGGAGCUAUUCCGAGUCAAUCAGUGACAGUACCGCCAGUUCGUAUCGUCAGGACCAGCUCAGCAGCAACUGUGUCAGAUAGGGAGCUUUGACUUUGCCAGAGGAUAUCAAGACGUCCAGGAGGCGAAAACGGGGCUGCCGCAGGGACUGCAUGAUGUGGUUGACACAUUCGAGUCGGGGUGAACGUAUGCAAAUGGCCAUUUUUGGUCUGAGGUGACUCGUGUUCACAUUACCAGUACGCAGUUUGUCCUGUACUAUCCGCCAGUCCGUUGGUAAUGGC